GCAAUAGCUAUAUACACACAGAAGAAGUACUGAUAGAUGUGUUGUAAAACAUGAGUUUAGAUGAUAUGGAAAAAAAAAUGGAUUCAAAGAAGCCUUAUUUUGGAGCUCUUGUUUGUCAAUUAACAUUUGCUGGGAUGAGUUUAUUCUCAAAGGCUGCCUUUGUUUCUGGUAUGAAUACUUAUAUUUUUCUUUUCUACAGGCAAGCUUUUGGCAGUAUCGUCUUACUUCCUCUCACCAUUUAUUUUGCAAGAAAGGAGAUGAGAAGUUUGUCAAAAGCAGAUGUGAUGAAGAUUUUCUUGCAGGGCCUUUUGGGGUUUACCAUUGGGUUGAACGUUUAUGGAUUAGGAGUUAAGUAUACAUCAGCAACUUUGGGAGCCGCAGCCUUUAAUUGUGUUCCUGUUACUACAUUCUUCUUUGCUCUUCUUUCAAGGAUGGAGAAGGUAAAUAUAAGAAAAGCAAGUGGAAUGGCAAAGGUUGGAGGCAUAAUAUUGUGCAUUGCUGGUGUUGCAGUUCUUGCAUUUUACAAAGGCCCUUAUUUGAAACCACUCUUCAAUUUUCACCUUUUUCAAACGCAACAAUCCCACGUUUCUUCCAAAAAAGAAUGGAUUCUUGGCUGUUUCUUGCUCUUCCUUACUUGCCUUACAUGGGGCUUGUGGUAUGUUCUUCAGGCUUGGGUUUUGAGAAGUUGUCCAUCUCCACUUGUGUUAACAUUUGGACAAACAUUUUCAAGUGCCAUUCAAUCAUUUGUUGUGGCUAUUGCAAUUGAAAGAAACCCUUCGGAAUGGAAGUUGGGUUGGAACAUUUCCCUAGCUGCUAUUCUUUAUUGCGGAACUUUCGUAAUUCCUGUUGGAAACUAUUUGUCAAGUUGGGUGGUAAAAAAGAAAGGUCCAGUUUUUCAAGCUGUUACCACACCUUUUAAUCUCAUUUUCACACUCAUUGGUUCUGAAUUUCUUUUAAAUGAUGGAAUUAGCUUGGGAAGCAUAAUUGGUGCCAUACUGUUGGUGUUGAGCCUUUAUAGUGUUUUAUGGGGAAAAAAGAAGGAAGCGAGUUGUUUUGAUACAGAAAACAACACUAAUGUUGUUCCAACGGAAACGAAAACGUUAAAUAACAUUUAAAUUUUGUAGAAUCACGUAAUUGUUGAUGUUCUUAUUGAGUUGUACUUAAAUGAGCUAUCAUUAUAAAACAUAUUAUCCUAUCGACUUUUCUUCUAUCAUUUUUUCUUUUUAUAUUUUGUUUGUUAAAGUAAAAGUUUCAUCAAACUCUAGUUUAAGAUUUGAUGUACAUUAAUUUUAAUCAAUUUGUGUUUAAAUGGCCGUUUAACA